AUGUUGUAGUAGUAGUAAUUUAAUUUGUAUUUGAUGACAUGCAAAUACAAACACUAGUACUGGGUGGUCAUGGCAACAACAAUAAUACUAGUACGGCAGCACUUAAUCAUACAUUCACAACUCAGAAUUUGUCUGCCUUAAAACCCACAUUUCAAGAACCCCCAAAAAAAGUCUCUCUAAUUCUUUUAUUGUCAAGGCAUUUUGUGCUAUGGAUCAUUGUCUCUCACAUUUUUUAUUAACUUUUAAUAUUACUAGUAUUAUUAUUAUUAUUAUUAUUAUUAUAAACCGCGGAUUCAUAUUAUUAUUUCAGCUGUUUGAGUUGUCACCACCACUACCAAUAUGGCUGGCUUUUUCUCACUAGGAGGAGGAGGGGGUCGAGGAACCACCACCGGAGGAAGUAGCAGAAACCCUAAUCAAGAAAGCAGCAACCCACCUUCAGAAAUCAACCCAGAAAGCUGGUUCCUUUACAGAAAUGAGGAGAUUUCUUACAAGGGUUUCGAGCUCUGGCAACCCCAGCCGCAGCACCACCACCAGCAAGCUGAGAACUUUCUGCACCGCGGUGUCGGCGUCAACCCGCUGCAGGAUCUUUACGCCUCCGCAGGAGGGCUGGCGGUGGGCCCCAGCCGCGGAGGAGGGUUUAAUAUGAGCUCGGUGGACGAGCAGUCGCCAAGAUCGGGUUUUUUGAUGAUGAGGAGCGGCGGAGGGGGAGGUGGAGGAGGAGGGGGAAUAAGCUGCCAAGACUGUGGGAAUCAGGCGAAGAAAGACUGCACGCACAUGAGGUGUAGAACAUGCUGCAAGAGCAGAGGGUUUCAGUGCGCAACGCACGUGAAGAGCACGUGGGUUCCAGCGGCUAAGAGAAGAGAGAGACAGAACCAGCUCGCUUCUUUGCAGCAGCAGCAGAAUCAGAGCACUACAAGUACUGGCAAGAGACACAGAUCAAGGACAGACGAUGUUAAUCAUAAUCUUAUUAUUAAUAAUAACAACAGUGCCUCCAAUUCUCUUGUCUGCACCCGCAUACCUACCACCACUUCAGGGUUGGAGGUGGGAAAAUUCCCGACGGAAGUGAGUUCGGAGGCAGUAUUCCGAUGCGUGAGAGUGAGCGCCGCCGUGGAAGAUGCUGAAGAGCAGUGGGCAUAUCAAACUGCAGUCAAUAUUUGCGGGCAUGUCUUUAAAGGUAUUCUGUACGACCAGGGCACAGAAGGUCAGUAUAUGCCGGCGGAGACUUCCUCCGGCGGAGGAGGAAGCGUCAGCGCCGGAGCCACCCAUCAUCAUCAACAACAACAACAACAACAACAGCAACUGAAUCUGAUAACGGGAAAUUCUAGUAAUACAGCUGCAGCCAACACCUCAUCCGGCGGCGCGGGAGCCACGGCGUUUAUGGACACAUCUCAUCAUCUAUACACAGGUUCAAUAAACAGCUUCCUCUCCGGUACGCAAUUCUUCCCACCACCACCACCAAGAUCUUGACAAAAUUAAGAAAUUAAGCAAUUCCUCUCCGAUAGCUAGUCACAUGAGUUAGAAUUAAUUAUGAAAUUAAAAUGAUAGUAACUACGCUGUACGUACGAACGACUGACUGUGUUACUUUAGUAAGAGGAGGAGGAGGAGGAGCUAAGGAGAUAGAAUGAAAGAAAGAAAUAUAGUGGUAGAAAAAAGAGGAUCGGAUUCGGAGCACGUACGUACCAAGUAUGAGGGGAUCGAUUAUGUUUUUAUUUUUGUUCAUUUUAAUUACUAUAUUGUUAUUCUUCCUCUAUUUCAAAUAACACGUAACAGUUUUUCUGCUGUUUCCUUUUUC